AUGGAGAAGGAUUAUAGAGGCUCAACUAAAUUUUCUGAAGAAUAAAUGAACAUAUAUGAUGUCCCCUAUUCUUACCGCGAUUUCUGUGUGGAUUAGUACAUGACUUAUUUAAUAUGUGUUCGCCAAAAUCCUUCGAUAAUCGAAAAUGGUCUAGUCUACAAGAUUCCAUUUGCUAAUUCUAUAUCAUCUUGCAAUGUUUUGAAAAAAUAAUGGAUGGAUUGCUAAGAAUAUCGUGAGAAUGAGCUUUAUGAAGAAAUUCGUAAGGUUUACUUGUAAUAAAUGAAAUAAGCACAAGCUGAAGCAAUUUCAGAAAAUUGA